AUGCCACUUGGGUUCUAUGUGGAAACUCCAGACGGUCGUCGUAAGUCUGUCACACUACCAACACAUUUCAGUCUCGAUGAUUUUCGUAACAUAAUUGAGAAGAAAGUUGGUAAUCCGGAACAUUACGAUUACUCACUUGGUGAUGUCAUUUUUCGUACGUGGGAUGAGGAAGCGUUCAAUCGACAACGAAGUGCCAUUCACGAUGGUAUAACUCUUAUAAUACAAUAUCCACCAGUUGGACCAACGAGUCCACCUUGGCGUCAAGCAGCUGCUGGCUUAUGUCUGGAAGGAGUUUGUUUAAAUGUACAGUGUGAAGCUUUUGAACACAAAGUUAUUAUGAAUCAAGGAGUGGGAACAUAUGCUGUUGUUCAUAAUUCAAUCGUUAGUACAUCGAAAUGUCCGUUAUGCGAAUCAACGGUCCAACCAACGGUCUGUGCAUUUUAUCAAUGCUCAUGGCGAGUAUCAGGCGUGAAGUCUGACGAUACAACAGACAAUCUAUCUACUACGAAAAGUCUUACUUGGCAAAAUGCAACACAUGACUAUCAUCGAUGGGAAGAAAAUUUGACAGCAUGGAAACAGUUAUCAGUCGAAACAAGAAAAUAA